AGCAAAUACAAAUUAAACCCGAUCCAACAACACAUCUCAGAAUCAGGUAGAUCUCUCCAACCCACUUCCCACUUAUACUGUCUAGUUCUCCAACCUUCCAAUCCAACAACACAUCUUCACGUCUUUUCAUCACACGUUGUUGUUUUCAGACUUAAAAAACGAGAUCUUCCUCCUCCUAGGUUGUUGUUUGUUAACAUUUCAAAACAGUUAGCAGAACACUAUACUCUGAUAUCAGUCAAAUCAUAUCACAUCCAAGCUCCGUGACUAAGUUUGCCAUGUUUUAAUGAUUCAUUAGUCCGCGGUUUUCAUUUCAGCAGCAGGGGCAAAGAGUGACUUAGAUCGAGGAAGGUGAUAAGAUAAUGGAAUUUUGGCCAGAAUUUCUUGCUAGUAGUACGGGUAAAGAGUUUGUAGCUGGAGGAUUUGGAGGCACUGCUGGUAUAAUCUCCGGUUACCCAUUAGACACGCUCCGUGUGAUGCAACAAAACUCCAACAAUGGCUCUGCUUUCACCAUCCUCAGAAAUUUGGUGGCCAAGGAAGGACCAACUACUCUGUACCGUGGCAUGGCUGCACCUUUGGCCUCUGUUACCUUUCAGAACGCUAUGGUUUUCCAAAUUUACGCAGUUCUCUCAAGGGCAUUUAGCACGUCCGUUUCUGUUAACGACCCUCCUUCCUACAAGGGUGUUGCUUUAGGGGGAUUUUGCUCCGGCGCUUUGCAGAGCAUGUUGCUGUCUCCUGUUGAGUUACUUAAAAUUCGCCUUCAGCUUCAGAACACAGGCCAAUCCACAGAACCACAAAAGGGUCCCAUAAGGGUUGCCAACAACAUAUGGAAAAGAGAGGGUCUUCGUGGCAUUUAUCGAGGACUUGGCAUCACUAUACUAAGAGAUGCACCUGCGCAUGGCCUUUACUUUUGGACAUAUGAAUACGCGAGGGAGAAACUUCACCCAGGUUGCAGAAAAAGUUGUGGAGAGAGCUUGAAUACUAUGUUGGUAUCAGGAGGAUUGGCCGGGGUUGUGAGUUGGGUUUUCAGCUACCCUUUGGACGUUAUAAAGACAAGAUUGCAGGCUCAGACAUUUUCUUCGCUGAAAUACAAAGGCAUUUUGGAUUGUCUUCGGAAGAGCGUUGAAGAGGAAGGAUACGUUGUUCUAUGGCGGGGUUUAGGAACUGCGGUUGCUAGAGCGUUUGUUGUGAAUGGUGCUAUAUUUUCUGCUUAUGAGAUCACUCUUAGGUGUCUGUUUGACAAAUAAACAAAUAAUUCCUGGAGCAUUCUGCAUUCAAAUGUAGGAAACAUUCAAGGGCUGCAAAUCAGGUUUUGAGGGAGACGUGACAAUGGGAUAACACUAUGGUGUUUGAUAACUUGAUGUAAUUGCCAAAUGCCAAACAUUUUUUUUUUGGUGUAAUACCAUGGUGUUUUCUAAAAAAAAGUCUUUCUAUUUAAUCUCAAA